CUGGCGAAUGCAAUAUUUCCGAUGGCUCAGUAUUUAAAUUUCGAAUACAAUACGCUACAGAAAAUCUGGUUACCAGUUGCUGUCACCGACGAAGUCCUUCUGCACACCAUCCUCUUUGCGUCUGCUCUCUAUUUCCACCGUGAUGAUUUUAAAGAUGCAAGUCUAUUGAUGAAAGUAAUCCUUGAUAGGCUGAAUCGAAGACUUCAUAACAAGACACUCUCUGAUGCUACGAUAGGAGCCGUCUCCUGCUUAGCCAUGUGCGAGAACACUCUUGGCAAGCAUCAGCGGUACGCAAUGCACAUGUCUGGAAUGGCUGAGAUGGUCCGGGUCAGGGGAGGCAUGGCAACCAUUCGGCGUGAGCUACAGAUGAAAAUCUAUCGGGCGGAUAUUGCGGGGGCAGUCGACUCGCUAUCCAGUCCCCGCCUAUCCAGUCCAAUGAGGGCAUCGAAAUCGCUUUAUCAGUUGCUAAGCCUCGAGAGAAUGCAUAAAUCGCCGCUUGAAGUCAUGCUCGAGGCCAGUGGAGUCUCGCAAGGAACGAUGGAUCUGCUCGUGGAACUUUCUCACCUGUCCUUUGCCAUCGAACAUGCAAUUACUUCUCGGAUUGUGCUAGACCCCCUAUCAUUUGAUAAAGAAAUGCUCUGCGUUCAGUCUGAUCUCCUUAAUCUCGCCAUUACCAGUAAGGCGGUCCUCGAUGGCGCCUGCGGAUUGGGUGCAUUGAUAUACUUGCAAACUCUUACACGACUUGAUCCAUUCAUUAAAUCAUCUUCAGAGGCACUGUCACGAGAACUGCAAGUCGCACUUCAGUACCUCAACAUCGCCGAAGUUAGCAGCCCGUUGAUAUUUUGGUUGUUGAUCAUGGGAGGCCUGGUCUCCUUCGAAACCUCGGACAGGAGCUGGUUCAGAAGCAAGCUUCGGAAUCUGCAAGUCUCGUGGAAAGGUGUCAUUACUUGGGAAAGCAUGAAAAUCCAACUUAUGUCGGUUAUGUGGAUCGAGAGAAUUCAUGAUGAUUUUGGGCAAGCACUAUGGAAAGAU